AUGUCCACCACCAACUCUACCACGCUCUCUAGAGCCGAGGAGGAAGCGAUUGAUGCCCUCUUGAGCCGCGCCAAGAAUGCUAAGCCUCAGCCCAACCCCUCUCCCAGCGACCCAGUGAGGCUUCCCGGCUUCGGGCUGCCUUUGGGCUAUCUGCCACGUCGGCGAGACCGCUUCCCCGUCUUGAUGGGCGUGGAGAGAAAAGAUUGGGCGGCGAGAACCCUGCUCGUCCGCGAAAUCUGCAUGCUCAAGUUCAUGGAGGAUAUAACGAAUAAGCCAGAUUGGUGGCAUAAAGUGCGCGACCCGACCAUCUCAGCAAACUGGAUCCAGGAGGUUCAGCGAAUGAACUGGGGCGAUUACCGGAAACAUGGUGACUUUACCCGUGCUAUGGCUGUUUCGUGCAUCCAAGAGCUCUGCAAGAAGGCCUCCUUCUACGAAGAUACAGGGCUCAUACCCGUCCUGGACUAUUCGGCCUGCGUCAUCAAAGCUGAUAAACUCAUUUCUGAGAGCCUGAAGGAGCGUCUCGCAAGUGCCAUCGGCCCCCUGGAAAAGGUUCCUGAAAAUCAGAAAGACUGGCAUCCUGGCAGUGACGGAAAAGUUCUGGACCUGGUUCAUCCGUCUCUCUGGCCGCUAUUGUACGGCAGGUCGGAGUGGAACAUCCUCGAUGAUGACUCCAUUCCGUCAAUCUCGACCCGUUUUCAAUGGCUGCCGUGCGACGUUGCGUUGGACGAAAAUGGACGAGCCACGAUUGAGAGUUAUAUCAACAAUCUGCAUCCCGACAGACACGCCGAGUUGUAUCCCAUCAUUCAAGAAUUUAUCACGCUAUCUCUACCGGCGUGGGACUUUAUCCUUCGCUGGGUCAAAGUGUUUCCCAUUCAACGACUCAAGACGGGCAAGGUGGACAGACACCGGUCGAUCCCAGAUGCGAUUCCCGAAGAGGGGGAUGAAGAAGGCGACGGCGACGGGACGACUGAACAACAAUCAAGUCCGUCCUCUGAUAGGAGGGCAAAAUUGCACAAGAGCUUCGCUUUUGAUCGCCUCGAAAAAGACGAUGCCGAAGAAAACGACCAAGAGAACGACUCCGAGGAUAGCCAAGAUGAUAGCCAGGAUGACAGCCAGGAUGAUAGUCAAGACGAUGACCAACAGGACGACUCUGAUUCUGGCGAUGACGACCCCAGACCAUCGCAUUCUCGCCGCUUUCAAAGCAAGAGGGUCAUUGUCAAACUUGCUAAUAUCCACCUGACACCUGACAAACCUUCAUACGAUGGCGGCUCCUGCGAGAACAUCACAGAGUCUCGCCUCGCCUUUCGCACGCCGGCAAAUGCCGAGAGAUUGAGCAAAACUCUCGAAUAUGAACAAGGCGCCAAGAGGUCGAUUGAGAAAGUGUUUGCCAUCCGCAGCAAGUUGGAUACGCUGCAAAGUAUUGGAAGCGUCCUGACCCGUCGUGGACGUGCUAUAUUUUUCCCGAACCUCUUCCAGCACAAGGUACAGCCCUUUUCUCUGGCUGAUCCGUCGAAACCCGGGCACCGCAAGAUACUUGCACUAUUUCUUGUCGAUCCGGCAAUUCCAGUGAUAUCGACGGCCAACAUUCCGCCGCAGCAAAAGCAUUGGUACGAUCCCAGUACGUCCGCUCCGCUGGCAAAACCAGCGUCCUCUCCGGAGAGCUCCGAUUUAGACGACUUGAUUGAGGAGCAAGAGGCGCGAGUACUUCGGGAGAAACUCAUGAAAGAGCGGACGGUAUUGCAGAAAAAUACAGAAAAUGAGCUAAAGAAUGUGGAAUGGAGCUUUUGCGAGCAUUGA